AGAAGAAGAGUGUCACGGUGCCUGUUUUUGACAGUAUGGCAACGGUACAAGUGAGCGAAGCAGAAAAAGUCUACAUCUUACACGGCAUAAGGGAUGAUUUGCGGGUGGAUGGAAGAGGCUGUGAGGACUACAGACACAUGGAAAUAGAGACAGAUGUGGUGUCCAACACAGACGGAUCAGCUAAAGUCACUUUGGGGGACACAGCAGUUCUUGUUGGGAUCAAGGCUGAAAUUGGCAAACCGAGGCCAAUGAUACCAAACGAGGGAUACCUGGAGUUCUUUGUUGAUUGUUCGGCCAACGCAACUCCUGAGUUCGAGGGCAGAGGAGGUGAAGAGCUGGGCACAGAGCUGAGCAACACGCUCUACAAAGCUUUCAACAAGGACAGUUUGGACCUGAAGAGCCUCUGUAUCAGUCCUGGAGAGCACUGCUGGGUGCUCUACGUAGACGUGCUGCUUCUUCAGUGUGAUGGAAACUUGUACGACGCCAUGUCCGUAGCCAUCAAGGCGGCUCUCUUCAACACAAAAAUCCCCAAAGUGAACAUAUCCACGGAUGAUGAAGGAGGAAAAGAGAUUGAGCUGUCUGACGACCCGUUCGACUGCAUGAGGCUCGAUGUGAAAAACGUUCCCUGCAUCGUGACUUUGUGCAAGGUUGGACACAGACACGUGGUGGACGCAACGCUGCAAGAGAAGACCUGCUCUGUGGCGAGCCUCAUCAUCUCCGUCACUCACAAAGGAGCGGUCACCUGCGCGAGGAAGGUGGGCGGAGGCAGCCUGGAUCCAGAGAGCGUCUUUGAGAUGACGGAGGCGGGGAAGCGCGUUGGGAAAGCUCUUCACGCUCCGCUCAUGCAGCUGCUGCAGCAGGAAGAAGGUCUGGGCAUAAAGAGACACAAAGUCGGCUUUCUUGGUUAA